GUUAUAUAUAUGAAUUGAAGUUGGGAGCUUAGCUUGUUGAAUUAAUUAUAUUUUGUCUCCAAUUCAUCUAUCUAUCCUCCAAUUCAACGCUAUACUAUACACAUGCAUUUGCAUGCACGGUGAAUGCACAUAUAAUAGAUUGUCAUUAUUAUUAUUAUUGGGUAUAUAUUGCAAUCGAUCAAGACCGCCACCACCAACCGCCGUGCCCUAUUAUUGUUAUGAUUCCUUCUGACCGGAACUGGAAAGAUCCGUCCGUCCGUCCGUCGUGAAGAUCCAUCCUAUCGCUAUCUAGCUAUCAUCAUAUCGGCCAGACGCCGGAGCAAUAUAUAAUGGAGAGAAGCUCCGCCGCCGGUGUGGAAUUAGAGGGUGGUUGCGACCAUCCCAACUUUGACGACGACGGCCGCGUCAAACGAACCGGAACAUUGAUGACAACAGUAGCACAUAUAAUAACAGCGGUGAUUGGGUCAGGAGUGCUAUCUCUAGCUUGGGCUAUAGCGCAGUUGGGGUGGAUCGCCGGCCCAAUAACGCUUUUCCUCUUUGCCCUCCUUACCUGGUAUGCUUCUACUCUGCUUUCUGAUUGCUACCGCUCCCCGGAUGGGAAAAGGAACACCACUUACAUGCAAGCGGUUACAACACAUCUAGGAGGGUGUAACAUCAAGCUUUGUGGAAUAGCUCAGUAUACAAAUCUCGUUGGGACUAGCAUUGGAUACACUAUCACCACAUCACUCAGUUUAAUGGCAAUUGACAAAUCUAAUUGUUAUCAUAAAUAUGGACAUAAGGCUGAUUGUCGGCAGAAGAAUAGCAUCUUCACAAUUGUAUUUGGAAUAGCUCAAGUUGUUCUAAGCCAGAUUCCAAACAUUCACGAACUUGCAUAUCUCUCCCUUAUUGCCUCUAUCAUGUCCUUUGCUUACUCUUCCAUUGGUCUCGCCCUCUCCAUUGAUAGAAUUGCAAGAGGGACACAUGUGACAACUAGCAUAACAGGAAGGCCAAUUGGACCCAACUUCUCAAGUACAGAAAAAAUGUGGAACAUCUUUGCCGCCGUUGGAGACAUUGCCUUUGCCUACAUUUUCUCUAAUGUUCUGGUUGAAAUACAGGACACAAUAAAAGCCUCUCCAAAGGAGAAUAAAGUGAUGAAACAAGCCACUUUCUAUGGUAUAUUUAUAUCGUCCAUCUUCUACGUCCUUUGUGGUUUGCUAGGAUAUGCCGCAUUUGGGAAUGAUGCACCUUCCAACUUUCUAACCGCAUUUGGGUUCUAUGAUCCAUUUUGGCUCAUUGAUCUUGCCAAUGUCUGCAUUAUUGUUCACCUCCUCGGAGCAUACCAGGUUUUCGCGCAACCGGUAUUUGCAUUUGUGGAAGAAAGGUGCAAGAAGAGAUGGCCAGAGAGUAAGAUGAUGAAUGCAGAAACAUGCAUUAAAAUGGGAUCAAAAAAAGGCUGGAGCUUGAGUUUAUUCAAGUUGAUAUGGAGGACUGGGUAUGUGAUAAUUACAACCUUGGUGGCGAUGUUGUUCCCAUUUUUCAAUGACUUUGUGGGUCUUCUUGGAGCUAUCUCCUACUGGCCCCUAACCAUUUACUUCCCAAUCCAGAUGUACAUUGCAAGAACCAAGACUCCGAGGUUCUCAUUUGUUUGGGUGUGGCUCCAAAUUUUGUGUGCAGUUUGCUUCAUACUUUCACUAUUAGCGGCCGCUGGAUCACUACGUGGCCUUAUCCUCUAUAUCAGGACGUAUAAACCCUUCCAAGCUAAGUCAUGACUCUCAGUCCAGUGGCCGCGGCGGUCCUCCAUGUUUUACAGUAUAGCUAGUGAACUAUGUGAUUAACUAACUAGCUAGACCCAAGUCUGAUGUACUACCUAUAAUUCAAGCAAAUUGUGUUUAUUUACAGAAUAUCAUAACUCAUCCUCACCAUGUAAGGGAAAGCCUGUUUAAGAAUAAAGUAUGUUAAAUCCAACACUGCUCUUAAACAAAUUCGACAGAGAACUCCUAUUUCACUGCCUUGUAGAUUUAGCGUGAG